AAAAAAAAAAAAAACAUUAAACAGUUAAAAUGGCUUCUGAAAGAUCUCCGCUGCUGAAAGAGGAUUUUAGCUCCCAAAGAUAUGGUCAAAAUCAAAGUUCAGAAGGAGUAGGACGUGAACCUACGUAUGUCGAAGUGCCUCCAAUUGGUCCCGAUGAUUUGCCUCCUCCUUACAGCCCCUCUCCUCAAGGAGUGCCGAUGGUGUCAUGCAAAGUAUGCGGUUUCAUGAUUGAUAUUACGAGCAGAAGUGACCAGCAUGUUGUCAAAUGUAGCAGUUGCAAUGAAGCUACACCAAUAAAGAGUGCACCUCCUGGAAAGAAGUAUGUGAGAUGUCCUUGUCAAUGUUUGCUUAUUUGUAAAGCUAGUUCUCAAAGGAUUUCCUGUCCCAGGAAUAACUGCAAAAGGAUACUAAAUCUUGCCCCUCUUCCUGCUAAUCCUGCACCUCCAAGUGUCCCUGGAAUGUGUCAAGUAUCAUGUGCCCAUUGUAGAAGUCUAUUUUUAUUCAAUACCUUAACGAAUGCUCUUGCAAGAUGUCCUCAUUGUCGCAAAGUAUCAUCUGUCGGCAGGCAGUUCUCCAGAAGUAGAGGAAUUAUAUUCUCUAUUAUAGCCAUUAUUAUGUUAGCAAUAGGCUUAGGAGUAACGUUAGGAACAAUAUUCACAGUAAAACAAAAUGGAGGAAUAAUAGUUGUAUAUACUGGUGCUUUUCUUCUGUCAAUUUUGUUUUUUAUUCGUGCAAUUUAUUACUUCACAAUGAAAGUUAGCAGCAUCGAAGGACCUGUUUAGUACACUGUAAUUCUGAUGCUUCAAAUCGAAGUUUUUCUACAGCAUUGACAAGAUUGUAAGCUGCACAAUUUUAAUUGGAUACUUUUGAACUACUCCAAGUGCUUUAGUUUAUAACUGUGCCAUUUCCUAAGAAUGUCCUUUAUCUUCUAAUGUAAGUUAAGAAUUGCAUGACAGUUAAUUGUUAAAUUUAAAGGGGAAAAAAAUGCUUGCAAUUUGGAGUUAUUUUUAUAAUAAAUUUGAUAUUAAGCCAUGAAGAUGUAAAGUUUUGUAAACAUAUUCCAUAAAGAGAAAAAAUGGUAACCAAUUCUUUCCACUGAAAAUCUGAAGAGAAUCUAUAUUAUUCCCUAUAGUCAUUUAUAUUAGAUUUACCUCUUCUGUGGCACUUCAUGAAUAAUUUCCUCUGAGACUGAAUUGAAUAGGCUAGUACGCAAAAGCAUAAAUCAAUGUGUAAUUGUAAACAUCGCUGAUGUGUUCGUUCUUUUUUCAAAUUUUAGAAAUCAUAAGUUAUUUUCAUAAAAGUAGUUUUGACUAUAAAUAUAGUAAUAAAACCUUAAACUCAGGCAUACUCUAAUUUCAAAUUUCAAAUUAAGUACGUUUUAGUGAAAAAAUUGCUGCCAUUUGUUCUGCAACAAAUGCUAUUAACCCAAUUCAUUGCUAGUUGAGUGCAGUAGAAUGCUUCCCUAAUACCAUGUGUGCAAAGUUGGAAAUACUAAAAUUGGAGUUAUCUAUAUUUAAUUUCUUUUAAGGUAAUACAUGAAAAAUGAGUGAUAGUUGAUUAUAAGACAUUAAUGAAAUAAAAUAAUUACAACGUUAUUACUAAUAAUAUUGUAAAUCAUUUGAAAAACAAGCAUAAUUCUCAUGAAAGUUGGGCUAGUUUUUAGAUUGAAUCCAUUUUUCAAAAACUGCAGUCAAAAAAUAAAAUGCGAUUUUGCACCAUGCAGUACCAGAGAGCAAUUAAUCUACUGUAAACCAAACACUCAUAUCUUCCAUAUAGGAACUUACCAUGUCAUGUAUAUUGUCUAGGAUGUAUAUUUGAGAUAUUUUUGACAGACAAAUGACAGGCACUUCACUAGUGCAGAAGGGGUUAAGCAUCUUAAGUCAAAUAAUGCAAGUUAUUUUUAUCAAUGUUUUACUUCAAAUCCUUUCUUUUUUCUUAUUUUAUUUAUUUAUUUAUUUUUUUGAGAAUUAUAUUAAAUUUUACUUUUAUGCUGGAAGAUCUAGAUCAAAACACAGAAAUUCUUGAUAAGAAAGAAAAUUUAUCCAUUUUAAAGGAAUUAGUCAUUUUUAAAUAUGUAUUAUAGGAUUUUCCCCCUUCUUCCUAAACCAAUUGUAGUUUUCACAUUAUGGAAAAAAUAUUUUGAUUUUUAAUGCAGUUCAAAAUUUUGAUGCCCACAUUCUUUCGUCUUGUUGGUUGACUUCACGUCUUGUGAAAAUCUAAUUAUGGGAAAUCUACAUUUAAUCAAACACACACUGACAUGAUAUCUUGAAUCAUUUACAUUAUUUGAAACCUUGAUCUGAAAACUUUUUUCUUUUCUUUCUGUAUUUAGUGUGCAAUUGCUUGAGUGCUCAGUAAGCACUCUUAAAUGUGCUAAAUCUUCUUAAGUCAAACAUUCUGGUUUAUAUUUUGUUUAUGUAAGGAAGUGGCAAGCACUUUCAAAUUUUUGCAUUGAGGUUUUGUUUAUGUGUAAAACUGCAUAAGUCAUUUGAAAAUAAACAGCAAAUCUGUUAACUUUUUCUUUUCCUAUGAAAAUAAAAAAAAAUAUUCAAUUUACAUCUCUUGAAAUUAUUAUCGGAAUCAAAUUGUUAAUAUUCAGUGUUUAUAAUUUAUAUUUAAGGAGUGGUUUCAAAUUUUGUGUGAGAGAGAGAGAGAGAGUGCAUAUUGGUAAACAAAACAAUUGCUGCACUGGGUGAAUGAGAAAUUAGAUGGGAAAUUCUCUAUUCAACUUAAUUUUAGUAAGGUGAAAAUUGAUUGCUGGGUAAAAAUAACUGAAACAAAGUUUGCGUGACGUGAAUUGAAAUUAAAAGUCGUUCAGCAGUAGCUGCAUCAUGAAAAGAUAUAUUUUUAAGGCUUGAUUGAUCAUCUUUGGUACUUCCAGCAGUUUCUUAAAUUUAGUAAUAAUGUUCCCUCAAGUAACUUUUUACGGAAAAAAUUAGAAAACUGUCAAGUAUUGGUUUAAAUUAUAGCCUGUAACAAAAAAAUAUGCUAAUUUUAUCACUUUAAAAUGAGUACAUGCAAGUUAACAAAAAACUUGAAGCUUGAGAAUAAUUUUAUUAAUAUUUAUUUAGUGUAAUUGCAGUUGUAUUGGUAAAAUUGAGUCUGGCAGAUUUACAGUCUACUCAAGGGGAUGGCAGUUGAAAACCGUAAAAGUUAUAUUUCUCCCCUCAAACUUGUCAUGUAGGGGGGGGGAAUCAAUUGCCCCCCCCCCCGAUCCUGUAAUACUACUUGCACCCUAUCGCCCCUCACGAACGUAUCGCCCUCUUGAAGUGUUAAAUCUCCCCUUCGGGGCUAUCCCCCCAGGAUUGGAAACCACUGUUCUAAGUCGUUGCAAAAUGUAUUAUCAUACCAGUAUAGUGUAGUUCAUGGAAGAAAAAGGUUGAAAGACACAUAUAGAAAUAUAAACAUUAUUAAAGUUAAAAAAAGGGGGGGGGGUGAGCUUGGGUUCAAAUUAAAAAGUGGGUAACGCUGUCCAUCCUCGACUACACUAACUGUCUAAACUUUAAAACAAAUUUUUGGAAUUUACUUGAUUGAAAUUAGUAGCGAUAGCUAGUAAUUCCUUCAAUUCUAUAUUAUUGGUUUUACAAAAUUACGGUCAGCCCCACCGCCCCCCUAAUAAAUCUGCCACUGAAUUGAAUACUUCUUUCUGUAUUUCUCUUUGUGAAAACAAGAUUUGUACCUUAGUUUUGCACUUGCAUCAUAUUUUUGAUUACAUGCUUAAUUUUGUAGAUUUUAAUAAAGUAAGCCUUUAAGAAUAUUAAUUUAUUUUUUGAGGUGGUGAGCGUAGAUUACUUUUUAACUGUGACUAUUUUCACUUAUUUAGGUGAAAGUUAUUCUAAAAGCCCCUGAUGCAUGCAUUUGUAAUUGCAAACAUGUAAUAAACACUGUAUCAAGUGUUAUAGACCGUAAAAGCGUACAAGUCCUCUUUAUUUUUUGAGCUCCUAAUAAAUAAUUCCGAUGAAAUAUAAAUUAGUUAUCAAAUAUUAAUGAACUAAUAUAUUAAAAUAAUUAUUUGAUAUGCAUUUUUUAAAUACAUUGUUGAUUAAUUUUUGCAAACAACAUAAUAAACACAACUUUUAAAGGCUAUUUUCCCACUUGAUUACAUGUCCUGGAACCACCUUUGCCUUGACCAUGUCCCUCCCCGACACACAGAUGCAAAAUAAGUGGUUUGAAAAAAUUUUACUUGUCAUGUGGAAGGUUACUUAAAACAUCUAUGUAUGAAUUUAAUCUUCUCAGCUGUUUUUAAUGUACAAUUUAGAUUGCAUUUUGCUCAAAAAAAAAAAAAAAAAAAAACAAACUCUGAAAUAAAUGGAAGCAACAUAAUUUUUCUUUCUUCCUAUUUUUGUAAAAAGAUUUGAUGCAAAUUACAUUUGUGUGUGUGCGAUGUGUGUGUUAACAUAAAGUUCAGCGCUUAAUUUGAUUUUUGUAUGAUUUUAUAUUAAAUUUGGAGGAAUCAGUGGGUUGUAUGCGACCUACAGGCCUCAGAUUGAGUAUUGUUGGUGUAGAGCAUUCUUAAGUUUCUAAACUUAAUGUGUAUGGUGCAAUCAUCUACCUACAUCAACCUCAUGGGGAAUAAAUGAGCAGUUUCCAUUUACCCCAUACUCUCUCCCCUCCCCACCUAUGAAUAUUUAUUAGCUGAAAUUCUGCUCGAUAUGUGCUCCAGUACUUACCUUCCAUUGUUGUGUCUAGUUACUGAGACUUAACUGUAUUUUUAAAAAUUGAAACUCAUUUCAGUAUAUUCUUCACUAUGCAAGGGAAAAAAAACAAUAAAAUAAAUAAAGAAUUAAGUCGUCAUCUGUUCUGUUAUGAAUUUAUUCUAUUAAUUGUAAGAGUAUUUAAAAUCAUGCAAGUUAACAAAAAACUUGAAGCUUGAGAAUAAUUUUAUUAAUAUUUAUUUAGUGUAAUUGCAGUUGUAUUGGUAAAAUUGAGUCUGGCAGAUUUACAGUCUACUCAAGGGGAUGGCAGUUGAAAACCGUAAAAGUUAUAUUUCUCCCCUCAAACUUGUCAUGUA